AUUCUUCUGAGUUGUACUUGAAGCCGCCAAAAUGGUUCUAGCAGACCUUGGAAGAAAAAUAACUUCAGCAUUACGCUCACUGAGCAAUGCUACGAUUAUCAAUGAAGAGGUUUUAAAUGCUAUGUUAAAAGAAGUAUGUACAGCAUUACUGGAAGCUGAUGUUAAUAUUAAACUUGUGAAGCAACUCAGAGAAAAUGUCAAGUCUGCAAUUGAUCUUGAAGAAAUGGCAUCUGGCCUUAACAAAAGAAAAAUGAUUCAGCAUGCUGUCUUUAAGGAACUUGUUAAGCUUGUAGAUCCUGGAGUCAAAGCAUGGACACCUACCAAAGGAAAACAGAAUAUUAUAAUGUUUGUUGGUUUGCAAGGAAGCGGUAAAACAACGACCUGUUCAAAGUUAGCAUACUUCUAUCAGAGGAAAGGUUGGAAGACAUGUUUAAUAUGUGCAGACACGUACAGAGCAGGUGCUUUUGACCAGUUAAAGCAGAAUGCCACAAAAGCAAGAAUCCCCUUUUAUGGGAGUUAUACAGAAAUGGAUCCUGUAAUUAUUGCCUCAGAAGGUGUUGAGAAAUUUAAGAAUGAAAAUUUUGAAAUAAUCAUUGUGGAUACAAGUGGACGUCACAAACAGGAAGACUCUUUGUUUGAAGAGAUGUUACAAGUUGCUAAUGCCAUACAACCAGAUAACAUUGUUUAUGUGAUGGAUGCUUCUAUUGGCCAAGCUUGUGAAGCUCAAGCUAAAGCUUUCAAAGAUAAAGUAGAUGUAGCUUCUGUUAUAGUUACGAAGCUUGAUGGACAUGCAAAAGGAGGUGGAGCUCUUAGUGCAGUUGCUGCCACAAAGAGUCCUAUUAUUUUUAUUGGAACUGGUGAACACAUAGAUGACUUUGAACCCUUUAAAACGCAGCCCUUCAUCAGCAAACUUCUUGGUAUGGGUGACAUUGAAGGAUUGAUAGAUAAAGUAAAUGAGUUAAAGUUGGAUGAUAACGAAGCACUCAUAGAAAAGCUCAAACAUGGUCAGUUUACAUUAAGAGAUAUGUAUGAACAGUUCCAGAACAUCAUGAAAAUGGGACCAUUCAGUCAGAUUUUGGGUAUGAUCCCUGGUUUUGGAACUGACUUCAUGAGUAAAGGCAAUGAACAGGAGUCAAUGGCAAGGCUAAAGAAACUGAUGACUAUAAUGGACAGUAUGAAUGACCAAGAACUUGACAGUACGGACGGUGCCAAAGUUUUCAGCAAGCAGCCAGGAAGAAUCCAAAGAGUAGCAAGAGGUUCAGGUGUUUCCACCAGAGAUGUUCAGGAGCUUUUGACCCAAUACACUAAGUUUGCACAGAUGGUGAAAAAGAUGGGAGGCAUCAAAGGGCUUUUCAAAGGUGGUGAUAUGUCAAAGAAUGUAAACCCAUCUCAGUUGGCCAAACUGAACCAACAGAUGGCAAAGAUGAUGGAUCCAAGAGUUCUUCAUCAUAUGGGUGGCAUGGCAGGACUGCAAUCAAUGAUGAGACAGUUUCAACAAGGUGCUGCUGGGAAUAUGAAAGGCAUGAUGGGAUUCAAUAACAUGUAAAGAAGCCUUAAAAAAAUGGACUUGGUUGACUCUUCAUUGCUACUUCAGUGAAAGAAUUUGCUUUCUUCCUUUUUACAGUGAUGGGAGAGUGAUCUUUUGAAAUCUUAUUCAGGCUUCUCAGUUUCUACAUCUAAUUUCUGAAAAGGAUUUUUGCUUAAAUUAGUUCCUCUCCACUAAUACCUGAUGGCACAAAGAAUAAUUGAGUUUAAUAAAACAAAAUCAUUAUGUAAAAUUUUAAUAUUUAGAGACACUUUUUAAUUGUUUACAUCAAAGGGCAGCCAUUAUAUUUGUAAACAACCCUGAUCUUUGGUUAUAGUAACAUAAAAUGUCACAAAUAUACUGUAAAAUAAAAUAAGUGGUUAUAAA